AUGGCAGAAACCACACAGCCCGCGGGGCUACUUUUCGACAUUGGCGGAGUCUGCGUUCUCUCCCCAUUCCAAGCCAUCCUCGACUACGAAAUCGCCAACAAAAUCCCCCCAGGAUGGGUCAACUUCAGUAUCUCGCGAUCCGCGCCCAGCGGCAGCUGGCACCGGCUCGAACGCGGCGAAAUCAAACUCGACGCCGCCUUCUUCAAAGAAUUCAAUAAAGACCUCAGCAACCCAGAUCUAUGGCAGAAGUUCCACGAAACACUUCAGAAAAAGCAGUCUACGACCGGUGCCCCAUCGUCGUCGUCGUCGUCGCCACUCCCUCCUCUCCCGCAGCUGGACGCGGAGUUCCUUUUCUGGGAAAUGAUGCGGAUAUCCCGGACGCCGGACCCUUACAUGGCGCCUGCGUUGAAGAAGUUAAAGGCCUCGGGGAAGUUUAUUCUGGGGGCGCUGUCGAAUACUGUCGUUUUUCCUGACGGGCAUCCCUACAAUACGGACGAGAGUGGCGUGAAGGGGCUGUUUGAUUUCUUCAUCUCGUCGGCGCAUACGGGGCUGAGGAAACCGGAUCCGAAGAUCUAUGAAUUCGCGAUUCGCGAGAUGAACCGGUUGGCGCGGGAGAAGGGGUUGAGGGAGGUUGGUGCGUCGGACAUUGUUUUCUUCGAUGAUAUUGGGGAAAAUCUGAAGGGCGCUAAGAAUGCGGGGAUGAGGACAGUUAAGGUGAAUCUGGGACGGACCCAGGACGCUGUCAAGGAGUUGGAGAAGAUCACGGGGCUUUCAUUGCUGGAGGGGUCGGAUCGGGCGAGAUUGUAG